UAGAGAGUUGAGAACAGCAGGUCUGGGACAGGUAGCACGUCCGGUGGACAGGUCAGGGUUUCAUAGCCGCAGGCAGAACAGUUGAAACUGGAGCAGAAGCAAUGCCUGGUGGACUGGGGACAGCAAGGAGUCAUCAUGCCAGGUAGUCCUGAGGCAUGGUCCUAGGGCUCAGGUCCUCCGAGAGAGAGAAAGAAAGAGAGAAGGGGAGAAUUAGAGAGAGCAUACUUAAAUUCACACAGGACACCGGAUAAGACAGGAGAAGUACUCCAGAUUUAACAAACUGACCCUAGCCUCCCGACACAUAAACUACUGCAGCAUAAAUACUGGAGGCUGAGACAGGAGGGGUCAGGAGACACUGUGGCCCCAUCCGAUGAUACCCCCGGACAGGGCCAAACAGGAAGGAUAUAACCCCACCCACUUUGCCAAAGCACAGCCCCCACACCACUAGAGGGAUAUCUUCAACCACCAACUUACCAUCCUGAGACAAGGCCGAGUAUAGCCCACAAAGAUCUCCGCCACGGCACAAACCAAGGGGGGGCGCCAACCCAGACAGGAAGAUCACGUCAGUGACUCAACCUACUCAAGUGACGCACCCCUCCUAGGGACGGCAUGAAAGAGCACCAGUAAGCCAGUGACUCAGCCCCUGUAAUAGGGUUAGAGGCAGAGAAUCCCAGUGGAGAGAGGGGAACCGGCCAGGCAGAGACAGUAAGGGCGGUUCGUUGCUCCAGAGCCUUUCCGUUCACCUUCACACUCCUGGGCCAGACUACACUCAAUCAUAUGACCUACUGAAGAGAUAAGUCUUCAGUAAAGACUUAAAGGUUGAGACCGAGUCUGCGUCUCUCACAUGGGUAGGCAGACCAUUCCAUAAAAAUGGAGAUCUAUAGGAGAAAGCCCUGCCUCCAGCUGUUUGCUUAGAAAUUCUAGGGACAAUUAGGAGGCCUGCGUCUUGUGACCAUAGCGUACGUGUAGGUAUCUACGGCAGGACCAACUCGGAAAGAUAGGUAGGAGCAAGCCCAUGUAACGCUUUGUAGGUUAACAGUAAAACCUUGAAAUCAGCCCUUGCCUUAAUAGGAAGCCAGUGUAGGGAAGCUAGCACUGGCGUAAUAUGAUCAAAUUAUUUGGUUCUAGUCAGGAUUUUAGCAGCCGUAUUUAGCACUAACUGACGUUUAUUUUGUGCUUUAUCUGGGUAGCCGGAAAGUAGAGCAUUGCAGUAGUCUAACCUAGAAGUAACAAAAGCAUGGAUUAAUUUUUCUGCCACAUUUUUGGACAGAAAAUUUCUGAUUUUUGGAAUGUUACGUAGAUGGAAAAAGGCUGUCCUUGAAACAGUCUUGAUAUGUUCGUCAAAAGAGAGAUCAGGGUCCAGAGUAACGCCGAGGUCCUCCACAGUUUUAUUUGAGACGACUUUACAACCAUCAAGAUUAAUUGUCAGAUUCAACAGAAGAUCUCUUUGUUUCUUGGGACCUAGAACAAGCAUCUCUGUUUUGUCCGAGUUUAAAAGUAGAAAGUUUGCAGCCAUCCACUUCCUUAUGUCUGAAACCGAGGCUUCUAGCGAGGGCAAUUUUGGGGCUUCACCAUGUUUCAUUGAAAUGUACAGCUGUGUGUCAUCCGCAUAGCAGUGAAAGUUAACAUUAUGUUUUCGAAUGACAUCCCCAAGAGUUAAAAUAUAUAGUGAAAACAAUAGUGGUCCUAAAACGGAACCUUGAGGAACACCAAAAUAUACAGUUGAUUUGUCAGAGGACAAACCAUUCACAGAGACAAACUGAUAUCUUUCCGACAGAUAAGAUCUAAACCAGGCCAGAACUUGUCCGUGUAGACCAAUUUAUACCACCACAGUACCCAAACCUCUGAUAUGUGUAUUUAUACUACCACAGUACCCUCUGAUAUGUGUAUUUAUACUACCACAGUACCCUCUGAUAUGUGUAUUUAUACUACCACAGUACCCUCUGAUAUGUGUAUUUAUACUACCACAGUACCCUCUGAUAUGUGUAUUUAUACUACCACAGUACCCUCUGAUGUGUAUUUAUACUACCACAGUACCCUCUGAUAUGUGUAUUUAUACUACCUCAGUACCCUCUGAUAUGUGUAUUUAUACUACCUCAGUACCCUCUGAUAUGUGUAUUUAUACUACCACAGUGCCCUCUGAUGUGUGUAUUUAUACUACCACAGUACCCUUUAUGUGUAUUUAUUAUACCACAGUACCCUCUGAUAUGUGUAUUUAUACUACAACAGUACCCAACCCUCUGAUAUGUGUAUUUAUACUACCACAGUACCCUCUAUGUGUAUUUAUACUACCACAGUACCCUCUGAUAUGUGUAUUUAUACUACCACAGUACCCGCUGAUAUGUGUAUUUAUACUACCACAGUACCCUCUGAUAUGCACAUUUGUGGCCUGCUGGAGGUCAUUUUGCAGGGCUCUGGCAGUGCUCCUCCUUGCACAAAGGCGGAGGUAGCGGUCCUGCUGCUGGGUUGUUGCCCUCCUACGGCCUCCUCCACGUCUCCUGAUGUACUGGCCUGUCUUCUGGUAGCGCCUCCAUGCUCUGGACACUACGCUGACAGACACAGCAAACCUUUUUGCCACAGCUCGCAUUGAUGUGCCAUCCUGGAUGAGCUGCACUACCUGAGCCACUUGUGUGGGUUGUAGACUCCGUCUCAUGCUACCACUAGAGUGAAAGCACCGCCAGCAUUCAAAAGUGACCAAAACAUCAGCCAGGAAGCAUAGGAACUGAGAAGCGGUCUGUGGUCACCACCUGCAGAACCACUCCUUUAUUGGGGGUGUCUUGCUAAUUGCCUAUAAUUUCCACCUUUUGUCUAUUCCAUUUGCACAACAGCAUGUGAAAUUUAUUGUCAAUCAGUGUUGCUUCCUAAGUGGACAGUUUGAUUUCACAGAAGUGUGAUUGACUUGGAGUUACAUUGUGUUGUUUAAGUGUUCCCUUUAUUUUUCUGAGCAGUGUAUAUAAAAUACAUUAUUUGUUUUGGAUGAAUUUACCUUUGUAAUUUGUAAUAGUGUGAUGUGUAUCUUCUGACAGACUCUAUGCUGAGUAAAGUCAUGUUUUUAUCCUAAAACGUUGUUCUACCAGAACCAAAGUGUGGAUGCAGUCACUAUUUAGAGCAGUCUAAUCUCAUUCACCCAGAACUAUAAUCUUGUGUGAUUAAGUUCUGGGUCCAUACGUGUUAGAAACUACAGGUGAGUCACAUGUUAUUUGUUACAGCAGUUUCCAUGGAAACAUACAGAGGAGUUUAUGCAAAUCAACCCUUUCUGUCUUGACACAUGAAGGAGGAGUCUCUGAAAACCUAUUUAAAGCAGUCUGUCCUGACUCAGAUCAACAGUCUCCAGUCUACCAACUGGUCUCUGUAAUAACUAUUUAAAUCAGUCUGUCCUGACUCAGAUCAACAGUCUCUAGUCUACCAACUGGUCUCUGUAACUUCAUCUUUGUCUCUGUGGUGUACAGUCUUCAGGUGAUGAUGGGGGUAUUGAAUCAUCUCUCUACUCUCCUCCUUCUCUCUCUCCUUCCUCCUGCUCUCUCUCAUGUAGUGAAGAAGUUCAGUGAUGUUCCACAGUGCAAGGAGUUCUUGCAGCUCGACAACAACAGCCCUGAAAUGCAGGUGGAUCAUCAACACCAGGCUGGGAACUCCGACUAUAUUAACUCAAUACCAAGUAAAGAUGUGACCAGAGGUCACCUCUUCCCAAAUUCACAUGCUCAUGACCUUGAUACUCAGAAGUCCACCUUUACCCUGACCAACAUCGUUCCCCAGGUGGUGUCCUUCAACGAUGGCAGCUGGAAGGAAAUGGAGAGAAAUGUCAGAGAAAAGCUGAUGACGGACUGUUUUAGUAACAACAGGAAUAUAGAAGCUUAUGUGGUGACUGGAGCAGUUCCCAACAACAACAACAACAAACUGAACAAACGAGUGAACAUCCAGUGGACAACCUUCUGCUGUGAAUACAGACAGUUGGUGGCCGGAGGGGGGGAAAAGGAGGACCAGAAGAAAACAUUGUCAUCAAAAACCUUGGCAGAACUGUUUGACAAGCUGAACCAGGGUUAUGAUGAUGGUGUCCAGCUGUUACCAGAUCAGACCUCAAAUACCUUCGCAGAACUGUUUGACAAGCUGAACAGGCAUAAUGAUGAUGAUGUCCUGGUGAUCCCAAAUAAGUGUCUAAAUGUUGAUACUCAGACAGCGCUUCCCCUCAAGGAUGGGGAUGGGGGGGAUGAACAUGAUCAUUGUGUCUAUGAUGAUGACUGUGUCUGUUCCUCUGUGGGGGUCAAAGGUUAUUACCUACCUGUUGUAUUUGUUUCUGUGCUGGUGAUGAUGAUGUAGUGACAUAACCACCAGGAACCUGUGACAUCAUCAGGUCAAGCAGGUAAUAAUGGACCUGGUUUAGUCUGACCUGAGUUUCACGCUGUGAUCAACAUUCACUUUUAAUGACAAUACUUUCUGAACUAUCAGCACAGUAGACUACUGACCUGACCUGCUUUAGUAGACUACUGACCUGACCUGGUUUAGUAGACUACUGACCUGACCUGCUUUAGUAGACUACUGACCUGACCUGCUGUAGUAGACAACUGACCUGACCUGCUGUAGUAGACUACUGACCGGACCUGCUGUAGUAGACUACUGACCUGACCUGCUGUAGUAGACUACUGACCUGACCUGCUGUAGUAGACUACUGACCUGACCUGCUGUAGUAGACUACUGACCUGACCUGCUGUAGUAGACUACUGACCUGACCUGCUGUAGUAGACUACUGACCUGACCUGCUGUAGUAGACUACUGACCUGACCUGCUUUAGUAGACUACUGACCUGCUUUAGUAGACUACUGACCUGACCUGCUUUAGUAGACUACUGACCUGCUUUAGUAGACUACUGACCUGCUGUAGUAGACUACUGACCUGACCUGCUUUAGUAGACUACUGACCUGACCUGCUUUAGUAGACUACUGACCUGCUUUAGUAGACUACUGACCUGCUGUAGUAGACUACUGACCUGACCUGCUUUAGUAGACUACUGACCUGACCUGCUUUAGUAGACUACUGACCAGCUUUAGUAGACUACUGACCUGCUGUAGUAGACUACUGACCUGCUUUAGUAGACUACUGACCUGGCCUGCUUUAGUAGACUACUGACCUGCUUCAGUAGAUUCACUCUGUAUAUUGCUUCUACACCUGCAUUGCUUGCUGUUUGGGGUUUUAGGCUGGGUUUCUGUACAGCACUUCGAGAUAUUAGCUGAUGUACGAAGGGCUAUAUAAAAUAAACUUGAUUUGAUUUGAUGAUUUGAUA